CAAGGCCGCAGAGGAAUAAAAAGCAGGAAAAAAAGGUGGCGCUGCCAGCAAAAAGUGUGCUGAAAAGAUGAAUGCGGGCUCUGACCUUUUCCAUCUUCUCUUUGCCGAGCACGCUGGGAAUUCAUAUCAGCCCGGCCUGCUGCAGUCGCCGCACUGCCUCCCCCUUUUCAGAGCGAGCCCGGACCUAAAAUACCAGUUUGCUCCCUUUAUCCUCGGCUCAGAUGCGGCUGAUGCGUCUAGCGGCUUGAACUCGGCGUUACAUAUCCGUCCACGUUAGUGUCUUUGUCAGAACGGUGUGUGUGUUCAACUCACUCCCCGCUGUCAGGGAGAGUCAUGCAGCUGUUAUGGGGGAGGGGGUGAAUCAAUCAUGCUCUACUGCUAUGAUGAUGUCAAAUCAUGUGGAUGUUGGAGUUGACGGAUGUCUCUCUGUCUCAGUGUACGUAUGCCUGUGUGUCUGAUAGAAUGGUCCUCCUCAGUUAGAUGAUUGGGAGCGUUAUGACCCAACGGCUGCUGGUAAAUAAUAAAUAACCCGUUUAACAGAAAGACCAGCCCACUUCUCCGGCAGCUUGGGUUUUACUUUACACUUUGAUCAUCUCGUAACGUGGAUCGCUGGCCACUUAACACCACCUGGACGCAGAUUUCGAGCAAUUAUGCCCUCAAGGGACGAGUUAGGAGUAAAAAAAAGUUAUUUGCCGAAGUAUGAGGAAUAAGACACAUAUAUCAUGCAACUCUCUCCUGCAGCACAGUGUAAAAGUGACAUUUUAGAGCAAAUUAUCACAUUAUUAAACACGAGAAUUCCCUCUACAUCCUUUACUGCAUCCUUAACAUCUUCAUUAAUUAACAAGUGAAAUGAACCCUAAUCUAAUAUUUGUAAUAGUGUGAUACAGUGUAUGAUAUUUACUGAAUAUAAGGAUGAAAUGAUAUGAAAUUGAGUGAAAUGAUAGCAAAAAGAAUACUUAACUGGAGCAGGUAAUAAAUUCUGCUGCUGAUUGACAAGAUGCAUCUGAAAUGUAGUACGUCAAUGACAAUGCAGACAAUGAAGACACAUAGAAAGUGAUUGCAAACAAAUGCAGCUAUUUUAGGGCUGGGCAAUAUGGAAAAAAUAUCUAAUAUCACAACAAUAUUAUCAGGUCAAAACUUUCAUUUGUCCUUUAUGUUUUGUGACCAAAUGUCUGCAAAACUAAUGACGUUACCAUCAGCCUCAUCUGUGAGUUGUGCAAAGGGCUAAUAGGCUAAAGUUAGCGUGCUAAUGCGCUAAACUAGGAUGAUAAACAUUAUACCUGCUUGACGUUAGCUACUUUGUCAGCAUUGUCAUCAAAAACAUGUUAGCAUGUAGCUCCAUGCACUACUGCGCCAAAGUAAGAAGUACAGUAAGUCCAAACAUCACCUUUAGCAGUUUGAUGAAUACAGACCUUUCACUUUGAUAAAUUGGUAUUGUGAAUGUGUGGUUAUUAGUAAAGGAAAACAACAGCAGCAAAAAUAAAAUGGAGAAGACCUGUAGUUUUUCCAAAAGCACCAGUCAUUUCCUUUAAAUAACGAGGCGUCCCGCUGUUAGUGGAGACUCGUAGAGCACGCCAACUGAUUUUACUACCAACACUCUUAUUGGCAGCUGGCACAAGUUAAAUCGGGAAAAAACAAAUCACUCGCGAUAGAUACACACGAAGAAGGACAAAAAUAUCAGGAGAACAACCCUUCUUUGUGAAAUCGCAUCCAUAACAUGUACUCUGAGUGUGUGAAGUGAGCCUAACAUGGCAGCCAGUGAGUAUCUAUGGUAACUACAAUCUUCUGAGAGACAGUCUACAGGUAUAUGGACAUGGAUAGUGGAUGGUGAAUUAUUUAGCUCUAUCAGACAGUGUCUGCCAGACGCAGCCCCCAGACUGUGAAUUCAAACCUGAUAUUGGACUGCGAGGAGGACGAGCUAUAUAAGGUGACAGCCCCCCAGCGACAGACCCUCUCAGUGGAAAAUCCACAACAAACAGAUCGCUGUCAAGCUAAAUAUCCUUCCUAUACCGUAGGUUUUUUUUAGUGUAAUUUGUAGCCAGUUUCACUCAGAAUACGGCAUUGUGCAGUCUGGUUAUUUGAAGAUAACGAUGUCAGAUGCGUUGUGGGUAUUCUGCAGACAUGUCGAAGCGUCUAUUCCGCCGAGAGGCGAAGUAACACAUUACUGCCGUCAGCAGAGGAAAUCCUCUUAACAUCUCAUACGAUCACAUCCUUUUCCAAACCUCUGUCACCACUUUGACGAAGCAACCGCAAGCAAUUACUCUGACUAAUUGUAUCCAGUUUAUGGAAUGAAAGCAUUGGCAGCAUGAGAAGCCAGUUCAUCAACUGUGGAAGGAUCAGCAAGAUUCUGUCCAGAAAACCAUUCACUACAUGUCAGUGUUAGUAUUGUUUGUUAUACAAAGAAAUAUAUGCCAGCAAAUACAAAGUACUACCUACUGGUGUCUUUACAGGUAAAGAUACAUAAAAACCCGAUGAUUAGCUUAUAAAAUGCAAUGUAUUAGCAAAGAUUUAAUCAGUUGCUCCUUACCUUUUUAGAAGAGUGUAGUUGUGGUCCCUUGUCCUGAUUCAGAUGAGUUGUUAGCAGUUCCACCAGACAUGUUUUCUCUAAACCUCUCACAUUUUUUUCAUUUGAGUAACCGCUCAAGGCCCGACAUGGUCAAAUGAUUCAAUAUUUCACAAUAAAAGCAAAGAUUAGAUAAAACAUCACAAACGUACCACACCUUCUGGAGGUAUUGAGAAAUCAUGAAAUAAUUACAUUUUGUCAAUUAAUCCAUUCUCCCUUCCAUCCCCGGUUACUUCCUCCCCACAGUAUUUAUAGUCAUCUUUUAGGGAGCUAUGGUUGAAGUUUUUACUGCAGCAUUUAUAGUAAAUUGUUCAUUUUAUAAUUGUACUACUCAAUCUUUGCUACGAUAUCUCGGUAAUUGGACUAUUGGACUAGAGUUCACCAGCAGUUGGAUGAUGGAUGGUGUUAACUGUAAAUUGCAGUCGUGAGUCAAAAGUUAUAUUGCAUUAAAUUCUUAAAUGUGUUGAAGGAAUAUUAAGGGGGUUGUAUGUAUGAGAUUGUACAUUGUGGUCAUCUGUAAUACACAACUCAUUUGAAUUCAUCUACCACACCUGCAUAACUAGUUUACAACAUGCAGGCUUAUUUUCCUCUCUGUCAUACACUAAUGCUUCUUUUUUUUGUACCAUGUUACUAUCAAAGCUUCCCAUCCCUGAUUUAGUGAGCAAUUUAAACUUCAUGCAAUCAGUAGAAUUUGCACUUUGGUCAUAAGUGAAAUGAAGCCGUUUCCAGCUCCUUAUGCUAAUUAGGCUGAUUAAACGGGAUGCAGUCAUUUUCCAGUUGUGCCUGCAAAUACAGCAGAAACCCUUUCUGUGUUGUUUAAGUAGAACACUUGAAAAAAGUGCAGCUUUAUCCACACGCAUGCGAACAUUAGACUCGAGAGAAUACGCUGCAAAAAGAACAGUCAUAAUGAGAACGCCAACGAGAGACAAUUAAACAAAGAGCCUCCAGAUCAGAUGCAGGAGAGGGAUGAAAACACACCGACGGUGAAACGGAGCCGUCCUGGGAGCUCAGCGAGGCCAAACACCGGCGGCGCGCUGCAGCAAUUCACACAGCAGAGACCGGCGGAACGUUUAUGGACCCUGGAUGCCAAUUUCCUAUCAAGGAGAAUGUUUGGGCUUCAUUGCUCUCCGUGGACCUUUACUGGAAGAGUUAGAAAUGAGUAUGUGGUGGGAGGCGGGCACAGAGCGGUGAGGUAAGAGGACAUUGAGGCCCUGCGCUCCUCCCAGGCCGCCGCUCCGCCCUUGUUAAGUUAUUCUUGGCCGGCAAGGGCUUCAGCGAGAAGAUGGAGGUAAAGAGGGACAUUUUACUAUUGCUAUUGUGCUCGAGUCGGAGCAUUUGUCCCUGGCAGCGCCUCUAUUUACCACGGGUACCCACUUAUAUUAACCAGUCUGAUAAAAGAGACUCACCUUAAGAGCCUUUCUAUCUCGGAAGGCUCACAGUAGCCAUUAAAGAGCUUUUGUUGACUCACAUUUUGAAGGGGUAUUAUGCUUUCUUAGCAAUGGGAACUUACCGGCUUUAUCGCCCUCUUACAUAAGGAGUGUAGACCUUCUAGUCCUUUGAUACGCUGCAGUGCUGUUGUCGCUGGAUAAUUGUUUUGUUGCGAGGAGAAUCUCAUCUCCUUAGAAGACACAAGGUUCAAGGAUUCUCGAGCAAGAUCAGAUAGAAACAUUAAAUGUGUCUCUCAGAGAGGCGCACGUUUCAGGCUAUUAAUAAUGUCUCUGCUAGUUAGAUGGAUCUUUAUCGGUUUUGUGUCAACAACAAUCUAUCGAACCUGCAGAAAGCGUCGGGUGAAAGUGAGUGUCAGCCGAAGUUCUUUUCAUACAUGAAAUUGGCUCGACCAGCUUGAAAUAUAGGUGAGAACCUUCAGCAUGUUUUUCAAAGCAAUAAACUUCAACAAUAAAUGAAACCACAGUAGACUUCAAAUAAUACUCUGCUGUGCAAGGACUCAGCGGUGAAUAGUGUACAGUGUUUUGUCAAGCGACCCUGGCCUCCUCCAGAGCCGUGCUACAGGAAAAGUGUGUGACCUUUACGCGCUCAGUGAAGGCAAGCGGCCCCUGGGUGCUAGGCCGGGGGGGCCCCGACGAAUGCCGCCACCAAACUGCUCGGCACUUUGGCAUUUUUCUUUUGUUCCGUUCACAACAGGAAAUGUCCAUUUGCAGGUCUGGAGCUCUAGCACAGACAUGUUGCAGCCUGAAUAAAAAGCAGGAAUGAAAAGAUGUUGUUUUUCUCCUUCUGCACAUCGGAAUCUGACUCUCAUCUGGAUUCUAUCCUCUAUCCUUCAACCUCAUCGAUUAACCCCACAGUGUGGAGCACAUCUUUUGAUGGGUUUAAAGGAGUCAGCUGUCAGGGGAAAUUUCAUGCCGAAUGCCUUUUCCAUUCGGGGGAAACGGGAGAAUCUACCUCCUCGGGGGCACGCAGCUAGGCGCCGAGGACCAUGGAUCAUCUCGGUUCUUUUAAAGCUCACAUUAUGAGUCAGGAAGCGUGCGAGGUCGCACAGCUCACUAGGCCGACACAAAGCAAUGCAAAGUUCUAUGUUCGACCCAUCUGCAACUGGUUGAUGAUUAUACCCUUCAAGUAGCUUUCAAGCACUCGGGGCAUUGGACCUCAGGCUUUUAGCGUUGGCAGCUGUGCAGUUGUUUAAUUAAGGGGGAGGGUUUGUGAGGAUGUUAGCCAUUUAUUCAGAGGCAACAAAUAUGAUUACCAACAGAAAGUGGGAAAUGUGGGAGAUGGACAGGAUUAGAGUGAGUUGAGUAAGGGCAGAAAUGGAUCUGUGAUCUAGUUACCCUCAGGGUAAGUGUGUUAGAAUCUGACGAGAUGGUGGAAACUGAGACUUGGCUCUGAAUAGCUGAUGAGACAUGAUAAAGACAUGUCUUGCAACACUGCCAGCCUCCUGACAGUCAUGCCGCUGUCAGUAACCAUAAGCCUGACAUAUUAGGUAAUACGCAGCUUUUAUUUUUUGCAGAGAGUUAGAUGACGAGAUUAAUACCAUGCCACCAGGAAGCAAGUAAGAGUAUUUCCAAAAACGUCAAACUUUUGCCUUAAAUUACUUUCAUAUUCUACCCAUGCCUACAUAAUCUCUUGGCAAAUCGUAGGAGUUCUGGUCUUGCUUCGUAGUCCGAGUAAUUUUGAGGAUUUUGAGGAUUUGGUUGAAUAAACAGUGUGGAGAGCAAAAGCGGUGUUUUAGCCAAAAUGCUAUCUCGGAAACCCAACGUCUAUCAUCUGACGACUAUUCAGCUCUUAAUUGGUUUAGAUUUAGUUGUAAACUGGUAACCUGUGAGACAAUCUGGUCGCACACGUCGUCUCUCAAUUCCAUUUCUAUAUGUACAAUAUGGAUCGAAACUUACUGACGGCUUUCUGUAAGCAGACAUAACUGUCAGGAGUUUGACAAUUUGAGUCAAACUCCUGACAGCAUGAACAGAAAUGAAAACUGCUCUUGUUUGGGAUUUUUCUAUUUUGCAUUUUUCUAUCCAAAAAUCCAUAAAUUGGCAAAAACCUAUCUUAAAUUGUUGUUGUUGAUUAGUUUUUCUAUGAUUUAUUUUCCUCUAAUGAAAAAUUCAACUCAUAAACAUAACAUGGAAACUCUAAGCUUUUUGACACUAAUGUGUCGACACUCAGUUGUAACUCUUACUACUUGCAGAAAAUCCUACCGAUGCACUCUUCGUGUCUGUUGUAUAUUCAUAGCUGAGCAUUACACAGGUACAUUUGGAGCCUCUGUGUAGAUUGGGGCACAUUUUCUAAGAGAGCCGGAAGAGCGGGAGAGACCAAUGCUCAGCAAGGGACUUAAGCCAGAGUGCUGGGAGAGGAAACAGAUGGCAUUGGUGGAGGGAGUGGGGGCGGGUGGUGCCUGGCCAGAGGAUAUAACAGCAAGCCUGGACACACUCAUCCUCGGUCCGCUGCCUCCCAGGGGAUUAAUAAGCCCAUCAUGGCUGCUACCCAUAUGGGGAGCCACAGAAGGGAUGUGACACUGAAGGGGGGGUUGUUACUGUUAGCCAUUCUGUCUUCUAAUGUCUCACCAUGACUCCGUAAUGUUCGGGGAUCAUGUUAUUGUUGCAGCUGUAACAUGCCCAGUCAGCCUCAUUUUGUCGAGCAAUUUAGGGCGGAUGAAGAGAAUCUGAGAAAGGUAGGGGGGGGGCCCACUGAGAGCAAUUAGACAACAACUGCAGGUGUUCAUCCUUUAAGUUAUGUUUACAUCGGCAGAGCCAAGCUUAUGAUUGGCGUAGAAACUCUAACAACGGCUGAAGCGUCCUGUGCAGCUGCUGCUGCGUCAGUAUCGACUUUGUCUGGAGCCGCAUCGGUGUUGGUGACAUUUCUUGUAUUCUCACAUCACCUCCGGUGCGGCCGAGGGCUCUGUCUAACCUUUGAGGCGCCAAGUGGUAGCCCACUGGAAGAGCAGCAGCCAGCUCACCUGACCUUUACGAGAGCUUUCAAAGUGUCCCCCCCCCCAGUCCCCGUCCCCUCACAACCUCCCUCUCCCUCCUGCCUGCUGGCUCCUCUAGACCCCGGUGUCUAGUGCUGACAAGCUGGAUCCGCCACCAUCCUCGGUCCCCCAGAGAGCCGACCGGCCUCUGCAGCCCGUCUCUUGGUAUGGGCUUGCAGACAGUGAAGACAGAUUGUAUUACUGCAGUAAAGCCAGGGACUCCUCUCCGAUGGGCUCUGCUCCAAAAGCACUGUUGGUCUGCGUGUGGGUGUACGUGUGACGAACAAAAUCUUCCAUGCCACCACCACCUUUAACCAGACAUGAAUUCAAUGCAUUGUCACACAAUGUAAAAAAACAAGAACCGGAGAUCACAUUUCUUUGGUCAUUAUUACAUGGAUUUGAAUGCAAAUGUUGCAUCCCCACAGUGCAAAAAGUGUUACAUGUGCACAUGUGGGUUCGGGGCUGGUUGGUCAACCAAUGACCUGCUGAGGAGGAAUUGUAAUGAACUGUAAAAUCAUAUCUCAUUUUCAUGGACUACUUCAUUGCUUUAGACAAUCCCUGUUAAGAAAGUAGUCAAGUAUUAAAGUCUUUAUAAAGAAACAGAGGUUGAAUAUCCUGUAAACUAUUUACACUCCACUCUACAUCCAUAAAAACACGCUCUUAAUGUUAUUCAAAUCACUUCCUGGGAGUUAAAAGUUUUCUCGCAUAGAUAGUUGCGUUCGCCGCCUUUUCCCCACUGAUCAGCUCAGGGCACGCACAGAAGUGAUCCACGCCUGCUUCGCUUCCCAAUCUGUGUAUGAAUGUACAAACUGUUGUUUGUGCCGAGGCUGGGGAUUAUAGCGGGGCGCCUCCUCUGAAAGGUGCCUUAAUCCUGCCCCCAACCUGCAGAUUAUAGAAGCCCCCUGCUUUUUGAAGAUUUCACUCCAUAUCAGCUCCUUCCUGCGGCAUGUAAACACAUUUCGACAGUGAUUAGCCCAGAAACAUUGCUUAAGACCCCCCGAAAAAAUAAAUAAAAUACAGUCUUCAUGAGAUAUCAAAGGCAUUACCGCGUUCAUAAAAGCAUGUGCGUGACGUUUCUCGGGGGCAGUGCGGUGGAGUGUUAAUGCUGGAAUAUGUGCCGCUUCGUAGCCCACUAGCACAUAGUCCUUUCUGACAGAUGGCCUGAGGAUAUCUGCAAUCGGAGCAGGCCCGGAGUUGUGGGAUGUCCAUCGUGGCCUUUUUUUUGCCUCACGCGUGGCCGCCGAUACGGGAGCGCCGCAGAUUAAGAUGUAAAAGCAGGGAGCAGCAACACAGCGAGGGGGGAGGAGGGACCGACCUCACCUUGACAGGUUGAGGGAAGCUGCUUAAAUUUAAAAUUAGUUUUCUUUUUUCAACUGGUGUCUCCAGCUCCUCGGUGUGUACUCCUGUGCGCCUCCUCUCCGCGGGGCAGCGAUGUGAGUGAGGAGCUGAUGACGGAUGGUCGGUGUGUCCUCAUCUCCUGACGGAGGCCUGUUUCCCUCCCUUUGAUCUCGAUCACAUCCUGUCUCUUUCUCACCACGUGGGGACGGACUCAUGGUCACGGCGGAUCAGAGACAAUAGGUGUGACCUGUUCUCCUUCAAUCAGUAAGCCAAUCGGUCUCCCUUUCCCUGUUUGACAUUCUCUCUCGGUCUUCCAGGCUCGGCUUUUCAGUCGGUCAAUAUCUGAGCCACAUUAAUCUCGUCCUCGCCUUCAGUGGCCGUUCGGUCUGAGUUUUUUUUCGUCUGCGCAAGCUGGUCCAAUUUUCAAUUUUCAGCUUUGCAUUUUUCAGUGGAAGCCAUUACUGAGAAAUCCUGUCAAAACAGGGCUUUCUAGCAGGUUGACCUUGAUGAUUCAGUGGAUGCUGUGUCCUCCGGCAUCAGCUAAUCACCGUGUGUCUCCUUGCAAUGAAGAGAAUGCUUCCUUAUGUUGACAAGAAGGAAGUGGACCUGUCAGUGAUUGUGAAGGGGGGGGGGGGAACUCUCCUCCAACUGAGGCCCCCAAAAAUAUUGGGAAAAAUGAUAAAACCUCCUCUAAUUGCUCUCCUCUGGUGCGCCAUCAGACAGCGUUCCUGUUCCGUCAGCAAUCUCCGGUGCGGCCCUCCCCGGGGGACGCCCUCCAUCUCCCCCCCCUCCACGCUAUGAAUGCAGAGAGGGAAGGAGGCGCAGUGCUCAAUCCUGUCUCUCCGCUGUGAAUGAACUGCACGUAUGAGGGGAUGAGAGAGCAGAAGGUGGGAGGAGGAGGGAGAUACUGUAUAUUUCUGCGUCUUAUCUCGGGGAGAAGGGCAGUGUGUGUGACAGGCAGCACAGAGCUCUGCCUCUGAAAAGCCUCCCCCAGUGACACUUGUUCCCUCUCAAAUCUGUGUCUGGUCUAUUACUAUCAUUGAAGCCGGUCUGAAUGUAGAUUUCGCCCCCCCCCACCACCCUGACAUCUCUAAUUGGAGCACGCAGGCAAAUAAUACCCUUGUUUAUGCUUAUAGAUGAUUACAUCCGCACGCAGCCAGCCGUGAAAUAGAAACCAGCUCUUGAGAGUUCCAAUGCACAGGUUACACCCAUGUUUAUUACAAAUGUCUCUGACCAGUGGACAGGCAAGUUGUUUUUAUUUACACAGAGGAGCAACCACAGGUAUUGCACAUACAGUUUCUCUUGCUAUCAUCUUCAUCAAACAACCACCAUCAAAUGAAUUUGAGUCGCUCCUCACGCUUUCAAGAGGCACACUGUGCACAACAGUCUCCAAUGGACUGAUAUUUGGCCCUGUGGUUUUUCUUUUUUUUCUUUCUCCAUUUAGGAUUGAAUGAAGCCUUCGCUGUGCGCUCUGUUUUGUAAAAGCACUUCUGUCCAAAUUAAUUUGAAAUGGAAUGUCGGGGUUGCCUUGGAGACACGCGGGGAUGAUAGUCGCUCCUUUGUAACUCACCUGAGCUGUCACAGCAAAGGAAAUUAAAUAGUCAUUUCACCGUGGGCCGCAGUGAAGACGGGUGAAUCAUAAAAGGAAAUAGUUAAGAUUUGUCAUUGCCAUUGAUUUGUCAAGGCCCUGCAGUGUUUUGCAGCAGAGCACAGAGGGUUACACAUAACAGAACUUCACUGGCAAUUAUUCAAAGGCCCUGAAAACACAAGUUCUCAAUACGGCUGUAUGAAGAAUCCUACGUCAACCCAAAGUUCAAUGUCUUUCGCUUAAUUCACAUUCGAGAGUUCUGUUUUUCUGUUUCUCUCCUCCGUGUUCUACUUCCUGGUGUAAAGUGGGCUUCUACUAGAGAAGGGCGAUGAUUUACAAUUCGGGAUUUAGCAACAUUUGAAUCAAAAUCGGAGUUGGUGGGUCGAAUGGUCAGUCAGUGAUUUCAUGUCUGUAUUAAUCAAGUCGAUGAGUUGAUUAAUCCUUCGGCCUAUAAAACAUCUGAAAAUAGUGAAAAACCUCCAUCACAAGGCGAUGUCAUCAAAUGUCCAAAACCCAAAGAGAAGGCAAAAGGAAAAGAAGAAAACCUCACACUUGACAACUUGAAAUCUUAAUGAUCAAAUAUCCAAUAUAUCAAAUAUUAUAGCUUAAAAAGAACAAUUCAUCAUUUAUCAAAAUAGUUUAUUUUCAUGGUUAUGGAAUAAUCUAUGAAUGGACUAAUUGUUGCCGCUCAAUAAGUCAAAUCUGAUCAAACCAACCCAUCACAGUCCAGACAACUCACUCACUCACUCAGAAGAAUUAUGUAUUUUUUAACAUUAAACCAUGUAAACAAGUAGUAGUAGAAACCCAACAUAUGAACCUGGAAAUGAGCAUAUGUCCCCUUUAAUGUUAUAAAGAACCUCUUAGCAUUUGAAACUUUAAAUGAUCAAGUUUUAACCCAUUUACUACAAAUGUUCAUAAUUUUGCUAAACAUGUUCUCAUGCGUCCAUUGGUUUCCGUCCAUUUCCAGUAUGAAAAUCUAACAGCAGUAUCUUGAAACUUGAAGGCGUAAUCAUUGCAGUGAACAUCAAGUCUGCGUUUGUAUUUGUUGAAGUUGCUAUAUUGUGUUUUCAUACUGAAACUAAACUCGCGUAAGAUCUGAAACUGUACAGAACGCAUUUGAAAAUGGUCAGCAGAAAUGUUAAGUAUACAUAAUUUGUAGUUAAAGAGCUAAAAUCUGCAAAAACACAUGGUUGUUUAGGAAGGUAAACACAUUAAUUUGGGCUAAACUUGUCCAAUGUGCUGAUCGAGGAGGUCUGCCUAAUGAAUCAUAGCUCCUUCUAAUUAGCUUAUUGUAGCCUUGUUGUCUGUCAUCGCUGUACUUUAGCUCACCGCUCUCUCAGGCUUUUCCGCUAAAAAAAACACUAAUUAAGAGGAAAAGCAAGCUCAGCUGGUUGCAUAGGAGCAUCAGUCUUCUGCUUCUGCAGUAGCUAAUUGACGCUCCAGAUGUCGGGGUGUUGGUGCAGCCUUACCUCUGCUUGCUGAGCAUCUUCCUGCCCGUGGCUGACCCCAUCUCACUGUCUCACUGUUCUCCAAUUAACCAGCUAUCGAGUCAGCGCCACUCGCGCUCCAGAUGUUGGCUUUGGCCCUAACGGUCAUUGGUUAAUCCUAAAAGGCAUUGUGUUCGAUACGACUCCAACGAUGCAGCCAUGAAUCUUGCUCUCUGCGGGUGCUGCGCUGGAAAAGAAUGUUCUCACUCUCCCUUUGAUUCACUUUUUUUCUUUUCCCUCCUUCUAUUAAAUUGUUCCAUCUUCUGAAGACUCGAAACCUCAUUUUGUUUCUUUUCAGUCUUCUCUCUCAUGUGUGGCCUUUGUCUCGUUUUAACACAGAGCAUUCUUCUCCAUUAUCUUCUCUUUUCUUUAUCUGGAGCAGCCCGCUGGACCGCCGUAACACAGUGUUUGGUGCUUGUUCAACUCUGUAUUCAUAGCCAGUAGGCGAACUGAUCCCCAGCCAGCGAGGGCCUAACCUUCUUCAUACUCACUUUAUAUCGCCCUCAUUCUCCCUUUUUUUUUUUGUAUUCAGCUGUCCUGACAUGAAAAGUUUGGGAAAGAAAACUGCAUCUGAGGCCGGUGGCUCCAGAGCCCUCGGCUGACAGCUGUGAAUGCCAUGACUCAGAGGACGAGCAGACAGCUCAGGCCUCUUGUGAAGGGAUUCACCCAAUUCACCCACUGAGCCGGCAGGGCGGCAGUGGCCAUCGGGGGAUCAGUGUGUGUGUGUGUGUGUGUGUGUGUGUGUGUGUGUGUGUGUGUGUGAAAUGACAUGAAUGCCAUUUCAAUCAUUACUGGAUUGCAGGAUUAAAUCCAUCUUCAUAUAAACUGAUGAGAACGUUGAUUUAAGCUUGAUAGAUCCAUUGUUAUGAUUACAAAAUAAGACUUAGAAUAAGAAUACUUGAAUGUAGCUUGAAACGAAAAUACAAUUAUUACAAUUAACUAAAAACAAUCCGCCCGCCUACUACAAUGGAUGCUAGAUUGUUUUUGAGUUACUCUGGUGUGUUUAUUCCACAAACUAUAGAUUUUUUUUUUUUUUUUUUUAAAAGCUUCCUCCAAAGGACAUCUUCAGUCCCAGAAAAUGAAAAGAGAAACUGCAGUUGUGCCGCUCUUCAGAAACGAGGCCUACAUCUUCACAUUCAUUAUUUUAUUACCAUAGCAACCAGUGCACAGAAUGUCAUUUCUAAGCACUGGAGAGACGACACAGUGGAAACAAAUACAGAGAGCAUAAUCAUGGCUAUUAUUGUCACUUUUAAUAUGAGUACAGUCACCAGAUAUUGUUUUACUUCUUUAAUCACUCUUCUGUUGAAUCAAGCUGUUUUUGGACAGGACGAUGGAGAUAUAUUUCCCUUCCUCUGUGGGCGGUGAUGGUGGCCGUAGCCCGUGAAGCACUUCCUCAGCACCUUUCACAGACUGCCUGUUGAUAAAUGGUGCAUAGUUGCCCUUGUCUAACCUAAAAUCCACCAUCGAUUUGUCUUUCUCCUGCCCCCAUUAUUUUAAGCCCUGUCUGUGAAGCACUGCUGGGCUCAUUGUUGUCCAUUAUGAGCCCUACUAUGACUAUAAGGACAGCACCAUCUGUGGAAUUAAUUUAUGUUGUGUACAGGGUCGAUGAUAUGAUUGUUUUCAGGGGGGCUCAUACAUAAUGCCCGACUGCCAAAAAAAGCAUAAACUAAUAACACAACAGGAUGAUAUCUACCACUGUCAUGACUCUAGAUUUAUUUUUCAUCAAUGACAAACAGACAUUAUGCAUUGAGGCUAUACUAGAUGUUGCUGUUAGAGCUAAAACAUGCAUAUAAUGAAGGCCUAGUUUUCUAUUUUUUACUAAUUAUUAUUCAGCUUUAAUUUACUUUGGCCAGACUGAAAACAUCAGCCUGGAAAUCUCAACAGAAUUACUGGAUAUUUUUGGUUCCAUUUUGAUGAAUUUUCCUAUAUGCUUAUGCGUGUCAUUGUUUCAGAUCUAAAUAGAAAAACCAGGUGUGUGUGUGUGUGUGUGUGUGUGCAACGACCACUGCUGUAACGUUUGAUUGAAUGAAUACAAACUAGAGCAGCCCCUUUUAGAUGCGUUUUUUUUUUUUUUGUUACUGGACGGUCUCACUCAACGCUCUCAUUUUGACCUACGCAGCUGUCUGAACCGGCUCUGUGUAGCUAAACCUCAGUUCACUGUGCAACGCUUCACGCUUCACGCUGACUGUUGAACACCACCUCUAAACACAAACGGUCAGUCCAGCUGUGUGUUGAGUUCCGUUAGCUUUUAGCUAUGCGAGAUUAGCCGUGAACAGACAGAUGCGCACACACACACGCUUGAAGACUUAACAGCACACUAGAAAAUGUAGAAAUGUAUGCUGGAUGUUAAUGAAGCUUGUAAACAUGCAAGAGGGCCAACAAACCAUCUAAUUAGUCGGUGCAGGAUCGAGCGGUACAUAUGGACGCACAAGGCUGUAGCUAUAAAUAGGAAUGUGCCGUCUCCGUCAACAUGUCAGAUUACAUUUAAUGAGCUGAGAUGUAUUGUUGGCCAUGUUCCAUUCAGAAUCAUAUGUUAUACUGGAGCAGCAGAUGCAGCUAUUACAUCUUACUAGAUUGCGGGGAAAUGGAGCUGUGGAUUUGUCUGCUGUCAACUAGAGGCCUGGAUUUAAGUGUUUCUCUUUUUGUUGUUGUGGAUAUGAGGUAACCCUCAGCUUUUAUCCGUGCCUCAGACUUAGAAUGGCUUUACCACUGCCCAACAUCCAACUGGCAUGUUUUCAGCCACGCCAACGUCAUGGAUGUAUGGAUGUCAGUCAGAUGGUCGGUCCACGACUGCAGUCCGAUUCUCUCGAGGUCAAAGAACAGUGGUUAGGAAAAGACAUAUGACGUCAUAUUUUGACCACAGUUGUUUGGACUUCCCCGCCUGAAUCUAAUUCCCCCAUCAGCCACUCGGUCUAUAAGCCGGCCACUUUGUCCCUGUCAGUUCGUCGUGGUUGCUUUGUUGGUUUCUUGCUUUGUGCUUUCCUGUUGGACCGUCGGCCUGCCUGUAAGCCAUCUCAUCAAUAAAUCAGUGAAGUCGUCCUGCUGCCUCCUCCGUCUGCGUUCGGGUCCUGUUGCCCUGCAGAAGCAGCCGUAACAGUUGGAUAGAUUGCCCCGGCCUUCGCUGCAGACAUUUUUAAGUUCCCCUCAGGACUUUAAUAACUUUGGUCCAAUUCAUUAGUUAUUGACCAAAUACUUAAAAAGCAAAUAACAUUCAUUAGCCUCAGAUGUGCUUUGUGUUUAGUGCUAAUUAACAAGUAUGAGCAUGCUAACACACUAAACUAAGAUUGUCAUGUUAGCAUACUGAUGCUAGCAUUUAGCUCUAAAGUACACACAGAGCAGCUGGCGUUGCUUUAGACUCUUAAUCUUGUUGAUAACGAUGGAUUUUUAAAGGCAGCCAUUAUGAUAAAAGGUUAGGGUGAAAAUCCAAUUCUACUCGUGUUUAUCAUAUGAACCACAAUACAAAUAGUUUCAUUCAUCAAAAUGUUGAGAAGACAAUUGAGCAGCAAAAGAUGGCUUCAUUUGUGUGUUUGACAGGCCACUUGAAAGUGAAUGAUCGGUUGGUAGCAUUCCAAAGGAAGGAAACAAAAGCCCUCAUAUAUUACAGGAAGUUGAAAUGCUCUGGUUGCUGCUUGAACAUUUUACAAUGUCAAUAAACUAGCAAUAAUUGGAGCUCAUAUUCACCUUUGUUCAAAGAGGAUCUGUUUACAUAGAAACUGCUGUGAUUCCGUAGUUGUACACGAUACAACAUGAAACGGCUUUGAGAGUCAAUAAAGCGGCUUGCAGUGUCCUUUUACAUUCCAGCUGUUCAACUUUUAGAUGCAGAAGUAAAAAGAAGCAAACCAAUAAACACGGCUCAGUCUCUUUUUGGCUUUCACAUCUGUCCUUGCGUCUCUUCUGUCUGUGUGUGAAUGUGUGGGAGGCGUUAUAAAGGCUAUCAUUGUUAAUUUAAUUAGCUACAAGGUGCCGCGGUAUCUCCAACCAUUCAUGCCAUGUGGUCCAUUAUAUGUUUAAAACUGUGACCGGAGACUGAAAUUCAUCAUUAUCCAAACUAUGUAAUUCUUUUAAUUAGCACGAGAAACGGGCUGAUGGUGAUCAGGUCAUCAUGCUGAGCUCGACGGCUCCAAACUGUAAUUUUGCGCUGAUAAAUGAUGAAUGCCGUGAAUCGUUUUCUUUCAAUUUCCAUCAAUCAGUUGGAAACAUUUGGGACGGAACAUUUGAACUAAAACCAAACAAACUGGGUGUUAGCUGGUGGGGAACUAAUAACACAAUAAUUUGGUUCACUCGCCUGGAGCUAAGUGACAGAGAGCCCGAGUCCCCUGUGUAAUUAACCAGAGAUUUGAGCUCAUGACUCAUCGGCCCGAUUUGUGUUGUGCAUAAAGCUGUGUGACAGCGGUGGAGGGCCGCCGGCUGCCGGUGAUUACGAUCCAGGAAUGGUGCAGGCAGCAAACCUGCAUUUAGAAUCAGCCCUUUGGCUGCACUGAGCAAAACAAUACCUCUGCAAUCCCCUGACACGUUUUAUUCCUGUGGGAAAUGAAAAGGGGCGUUGUCUGAGACUUUGAGAGAUGUUGUUGUUGUUGUUAUUGUUGUUGUUGUGCUCUGAUCCGUAGAAGGUGGUUGUGCUUUUUUGUUGUGCGGGAGUCUCAGAGAGAAGCCCCAGCGGUCCCGGGGUGUUUGCAUUCAGGGAGUGAACGUCCGCCGGUAACUGACAGGCAUCGCUUUGUAUCAGGUGAUCGCUGCCGCGCUCCGGAGUGCUGUGCCAAUUAAAGAGCAGCGGCGCAAGGCAAAGUGGAGAAGAGGACGGCCUCAUGCCUGUGCUGCAGAAGUCUGCAGAUUGGCUUCGGACUGCUGCAGGCAACGACUCCAUUCAGCCUUUCUCUUUGACUGGCUCCAUCACCCAGACAGCAGCAGGCAGGUGGAUAAGAGAAAGGUUUCAUCCACAUCAAUGGCGCGUCUUCAAAGCGUACAGUGUGGAAACAUGAUUAAACAGGCGGAGUGCCGUGGAACAUUGGCAGAGUUCUUCACCGCGGUUUUAAAUUACCCGACUGGAAUUGGACUCACAACGGUGAUGGAAAUGCGUUUGUGUUUGUGUUUCCUGGAAUCUAUGUGAACAUUCCUGUCGGCGGUAAACUUCACUGCUCUCGCUGCAACCCUGGAUCGCUCCUCAGUGGCCACUUUUCAGCCGCCCUGUGCCCAGAGCACUCUGGUCCCACCGCCUUUUCAGAUGAGGUUUCUCUUUGAAGCUGCAAUAGAUGUUAGUUCAGUAACCAUGUACGAUGCGGCGAGGGUGCCGUCUCCUAAGGAUGGCGCAAACGGGAUGGCCCAACCCGCGGUCCCCGGAGCGGGAGCAGGAACAGCCACCGGAUCAGGUGGGCCGACGCCGACCGCAGUGCUGCAAGCUAAAACCGAGGAGGGACAGCCAGGUACGGAGGAAGAGGAGGAGGAGGAAGAGGAGCCCAAAGCAGAGCCAGUCCUGCUGAAAAAGCCACACAGGGAGAUUCUGGACCACGAGAGGAAGAGGAGGGUAGAGCUGAAAUGUAUGGAGCUCCAGGAGAUGAUGGAGGAGCAGGGGUACACAGAAGAAGAGAUUCGACAGAAAGUGAGCACAUUCAGACAAAUGCUGAUGGACAAGGAGGGCGUCAUCACCAGAGAGGGCUCACACACACAACCAGUGGUCAACCACCUGCACUAUCAGCCUGACGAGUAUGAAGGGAACCCUGAAGUGGUUGGCUACGAAGACGGAGACUAUGACCAUCAUUACCACAGUGACAACCGAGUGAAGAGGAAAUCGAGCAGCUCUCCAUCUCCUCGUCCGAAGAAAAGGAAGAAGAAGAAAUCUGGCCGCCGAAGGAGUCGGUUUGGCAGCUCCUCACCCACUCACAGAGACAAGAAGAAAAAGAGUGGGAAGAAACACAAGCGAGACAGAUCUGCUUCUGGCUCCAGGAAAAAGAGGAGACACAGAUCGGGCAGCCCAAAGAACAAACACAAAGACAAGAACAAACAGAAAAAGAGGUCCCCCGGUGAGACCCCCAGUAGGAGUUCACAGCGUCAAGGCAGCUGCUGUAGCUCCCGUAGCGCCUCCCUGUCCUCCACACGGAGCACCUCCAAAUCUCCCGCCAGACUGAACUCAAAGCACAAGAUGGACGGACAAAAGGCGUCGGGCGUUUCGCCGUCCCCGGGCACCAACGCUCCGGCCGCGUGGCACAACGGGGACCACACCCAGCGGAGCCGCAACGGCAAGGCCGGCAGACUCAACCACGGCGAGGGCGAGAAAGGGCACGAUAAGCUCCGUCUGCUGACCGCUAGCUCUGCAGGCAUCCAGUCCACUCUGCUGAGAGAGCACAGGCUCCACAGCGCCCCCAGCAGGAGCCAAGCGGGACAGAUGUGCGCGUCAGGAGAGGCUGGGAGUGUGGAUGGGAGGAACACAGCUGUGGGGAGCUCCGUCACCCAGGCGACAGGGAGGAGAGGGAGCCAGAGAGGCCAGAAUAAGACCUCCCGCUCCCCUGCUCACAGCAGCGACUCGGCCCACUCCCAGCGCAACCCCACCCACAGAGCGAGGAACUCUCGUCGUCAGAGAAAGACAAAAGGCGGCCACUCUUCCAAGCGCCACCACCGCUCCAGUCGGGGUCAGGCACACCACCGGAGCCCGUCGGCGUCUCCGGGACACCACCCACACGCGUCGUCGGGCAGGAAGAAAGAGGAGUCCCGGAGCAAGCCCAACCUCCGGCAGCGCAACAGCUCCUGGAGCAGCGGGCACUCGUCCUCGCGCUCCGCCUCCAGAGACAGGGGCCCCAGCAAGGCCAAGUCCCCACACAACAGACAGAACAACUCCAGAGAGAAGGACAGCCCCAACCGCUCCGACACCGACAGCCGAGCUCGCCGCCGCUCACGCAGCUACUCGCCCAUUCGCAAGAGGAGAAGAGAUUCGCCCAGCUUCAUGGAGGCUCGCAGGAUCACCAGUGCUCGGAAGCGGCCGAUCCCGUACUACCGGCCCAGCCCUUCGUCGUCCAGCUACGACAGCAGCCCGUCGCGGUCCAGCCGCAGCCGCAGCUACAGCAGCUACAGCCGCAGCCGGAGCCACAGCCGGAGCCACAGCCGGAGCCACAGCAGAAGCCGGAGCCGGAGCUGGAGCCGCAGCCAGAGCCGGAGCUGGAGCCGCAGCAAGAGUCGCUCCCGCAGCCACCACAGCUACUACAGCCGCAGCAGCUACGACAGCCCCGGCUUCUGAGCGCCACACACAAACAGGAGUCCCGUUACAUGUUACUGUGCUCUGGUUCAGUCGUGAUCUUUACCAAGCCCUCCUCGGAGCCGUAUGCUGUACAGUCCG